AUGUCUUACGCCCCCCUUGAGAACCAGAGCCAGGCUGGCGUGGCCACCGUGCUCUGUUGCAACUGUGGUGUGCCCAUGGACGGCUCUCUGGGUCUUGUUAUGUGUUACGACUGUAUCAAGUUGAAUGUGGAUAUCACUGAAGGUAUUCCAAGAGAGGCCAAUGUCAGUUUCUGCAGAAACUGUGAGCGCUUCUUGCAGCCUCCGCAACAGUGGGUGAGAGCAGAGUUGGAAUCUCGUGAGUUGUUGGCCAUCUGUUUGCGCCGGUUGAAGGGUUUGAACAAGGUCAGAUUGGUGGAUGCAUCGUUUAUAUGGACUGAACCUCACUCGAGAAGAAUCAGAAUCAAGUUGACCGUUCAAGGCGAAGCCAUGCAGAAUACCAUCGUGCAACAAACCUUUGAGGUCGAGUACGUGGUGGUAGCCAUGCAAUGUCCUGACUGUGCCAAGUCUUUUACAACCAACACCUGGAGAGCAACUGUCCAGAUCAGACAAAAGGUUGCCCACAAGAGAACGUUCUUGUACUUGGAACAGUUGAUCUUGAAGCACAACGCACAUGUUGACACCAUCUCUAUCCAGGAGGCCAAGGACGGUUUGGACUUCUUCUACUCUCAAAGAAACCAUGCCACCAAAAUGGUGGACUUUUUGUCUGCUGUGGCACCAAUUAAGGCCAAGAAGUCCGAGGAGUUGGUCAGUAUAGAUACCCAGUCAGGCCUGUCCUCGUACAAGUUUUCGUUCUCUAUUGAAAUCGCCCCCAUCUGUCGUGACGACUUGGUUGUGCUUCCAAAGAAAUUGGCCAACCAGCUUGGUAACAUUUCUCGGUUGGUGAUAUGUUCUAAGGUGUCCAACUCCAUCCACUUCGUGGAUCCUUUGAACUUACAAACUGCAGACUUACCUGCUAAUAUCUAUUGGAGAGCACCCUUCAUGUCUCUUUUGGAUGUGACCCAGCUCGUGGAGUUCGUUGUAUUGGAUGUUGAGCCCACUGGAGAUAUCAGAGGCAAGAACGUGUUGGCCGACGUCACCGUGUGCAGAGCCAGUGAUUUGGGAGUCAAUGACCGUACAUUCUACGUUCGCUCGCAAUUGGGAGCCAUCUUGCAUCCUGGAGACUCUUGUAUGGGAUACUACUUGACCAACACCAACUUCAACUCUGAAUUGUGGGAUACCUUGGACACCGACAACGUUCCAGAGGUUGUUUUGAUCAAGAAGCACUACACUAGAAAGUCAAAGAAGUCUAAGAACAGAAAGUGGAAGUUGAAGAGAAUGGCUCGUGAGCACAACGAUAUCGUUGCCAACGACGACUCGAGACAGGCUAGACAGGAGCAGGAGAGAGCCGAGAGAGACUACGAAUUGUUCUUACAGGAAUUGGAAGAGGACCAGGAGUUGAGACAGACCAUUAACAUGUAUAAGGCUGGUGAGGAACCACAGCUAGAUGCCGACGAUGAAGAUGACAUGGAUGAUGAGGAUGCACCAGAGAUUGGCAUUGACGAGUUGUUGGACGAGAUAGAUGGCAUGACUUUGGACUAG